UUAUUAUAAAUUCAAUAAUCAAACAGGUACAAAAUCUGAGUAUCGAUUUAAAAAAAUGUAAAUAUUAAAAAAAUAAACACAAACACGUCGAUAAUAAAGAAAACACGUGCUUUACAUCAAUUUAAAAUUCAAAAUGGCCGAUUGUAUAUAUUUUCGUCUGUAUACUCUGAUAUAUUUACUUUAUUAUUAUUAAUUUACGUAAAAAUUUAACAUCACAUGUAGACCUACUUUAAAAUUCCCAGUAAAAGUCAGUAUCCUUCAACAAAAAAAUAUUCUUAUGUACAAUCCGUGAAAAUAAAUAAAAACUUCUAAAAAUUAUCUAUUAUAAAAAUUAAUAUUUAACUACUAAUAGUGUUGGUAAAUCAAUUGAAUUACUGAAAGUGUAAAUAUAACCACAAAGACGCCACAAUGUAUGUUUUUAAAAACAAUUAAUUAAUUACCGCUUCCAUAAAAGUGUAAGAUAAAUGUAAAAUUAUUUUUCUAAUUAUUUAAAUAAUUUGUAAUUAUGAUUGUGUAUUUUAAAAGUGUGUUUAAUAAAGGAUUUGUUUGCCGGGAAAGAUAACCUUUAUCAGGAUUUCAAUAACAAAAUAAAAAUUCACAAUGAUGUCAGAAGACAUGUCAGACACUUCAUACUUAACGUAUGAAAUAAAUGGCUCGCAGUUUGUCUUUCAAACUCCGUCAAGCCUAGUCGAGGUCGGAGGCUUAGUAAAUCCCACCAGCAAGGACGUAAACGUGAAUUUUAUUUCUAAAAACCAAGAAAUUAACCCGGAUCCAAUUUACAAUCUUGAAGAAGAAAACAUCCCGAUAGUUUGUGUGGACGGAGUGAUUUACGCGCUUCAGAACGGCCAGCUGCAGGAGCUGGACCUGUCGCGGUUGCAAAGCAACGGCGAGGGUCAAGUAUUCAUGGUACCUGAGACAGAAAAUUUGGUUGAUUUAAAAGAGGACCCGGAGAUAAAUCUAGAGCGUUAUUCUCUACAAGAAGGGCUCAAUGUUGAAGCAGAAACUAUUGAGGAUUUUAAACUAGACCGAGAUUGUGAGGAAGCGUUGAAUGCAAAUGACUUCGUGGAAGUAGUCGCAGCUUUCAAGUGCAAAAUCUGCCCGUUUACAACACAGGACCGUGGGCAGUUGUUGAAACACUUCCAGACUGUCCACGCAAAUCCUGCUUCUGAUUCUGAUUCUAAUUCUAAUCUGUUGAAGGUUGAAGACCCGGUAAAGUCUGAUGAGGUUAAAUUGGUGUACAUGUGUGGAGCAUGUUCAAAUUGUUUUCCCUCUAUGGAGGACUGUAGGGAGCACAUGAUCAAGGAUCACCAGCUGACUGAAGGGGAAGGUGCUGUUGAUGCUGAUGAAGAGAAACAAGACAUAAAAAGAAUUGAAGAUCCGCCGGCUCAGAAAGAGAUCAAGAAAAUUAAUAAUAAAUUGGUUAGCAAGGUUAGCAAGUCUACAAAUGAUGAGUACGCUAGUAAUAAAAAAAAAUUAGAGACUAAGGAGCGUAAUGUUAAGUGUAAUUACCGAGGAUGUAUUCAUAAAUUCAGCAGCGAGGAGCUUAUGCAGAAGCACGUGCUCUGUCAUGUUGAUUCUCAGAAUGCGAAUGUUUUUAAAUGCAACACUUGCACGGACUUGAUGUUCACUAAAUGGAGAUCUUGCUGCAUGCACCUCUGGAAGAAACACAAUGUAGACAUUGAUUUGCUCUGCUGUAGUGUCUGCAAGAGUUAUAAAAGUGUCUCAAGUGUCAAGCUGCUGACACACAUGCGAGUCCACAGCGAGAAUAAAGAUUACGAGUGUCCGGAAUGCGGAAAGUGUUUUAAGCAAGCGAGCCAGCUCAGGAACCACCGGAUCAUGCACAUGGACCGCAAGUCUGCUGACGCUCCCAGGUGGUACACUUCUAAGACUUGCGAGAUGUGCGGUAAGACUUAUGCGGAUUCAAAGUGCUUGAAGAAUCAUAUUCAGGCGGUUCAUUCUAAGCUCAGGCCGUAUGUUUGCACGGUUUGUGGGCACUCUAGUGCGAGGAAAGCUAUGCUACAGAUGCACCUGAGGCAACAUACGGGGGACAAACCUUUUAAUUGUGACAAAUGUCCUUUUAAGACGGGAGAUCAUAAUUCUUUGAGGAGGCAUAUUAUGAGACACACUGGGGUCAGGCCGUAUAAGUGUCCGCAUUGCUCGUAUUCGGCGAUUCAGAGCAGUGCUUAUAAAAAUCAUCUGAGGGCUAAACAUCCGAAAUUGUCAGGGGUUUUUACUUGUGAAAUUUGCUCUUUUAAAACUGUCAAGAAGGAGAGCUAUAUGGAACAUGUUGGGGAUCAUGAGAAGAGGUUGAUUAAGACUACUAAUCAGAAAAAUGUUUCAGAUGCCAAUAAUGUUGAAGUGUUUCUCGGCAAUAUGGCUGCAGCCCACCUGAUACUAGAUGCAUUUUCAAAAAAAGAUAAAGAAAUAGAAGCGACUCUAAUGUCAUCGUCGACGUCGGCUGACGGUACAUCUCAGACGAUAACGAUACAAAUACCGUCGACGCAUUUGGGAAACUCGUUGCCGAUCGGGGAUAAUGCUAUCAAAAGUAAUAUUAGUAUUAGCAAUAAUGUUAAUAAUACUAAUAAUAAUAAUAAUAAUUCGACGAUCGAGCAAGAAGACGAUGAAACAAUGCAUUGUUUUCUGAAAAUUCCACACGAAGAAGAAGAAAAUAUUGACACGGGUGGUAUUACUAUUCCAGCGGAACCUGAAGAUAUUGAACCAACGAUUCUCAAUAUUGAAUCUUAAAGUGAUAUUAAUUUUAAUGUAUAAAUAUUCAUGUACACAAUAUUUUGUUUUAAAUAAUUAAUUAAAAAUUCACUGACGUUGUUGAUUAUUGAUGAACUAGUCAGGAAUUUUCUUCAAGUCAGUCUUAUAUCUUUUUUUUUUGUAAAAAAGGUUUAAAUUAAAAAUCAUAGUUGAUUUUGAUAACUAGUUGAUGACAACUGAAAUAAUUGUAUGUUUUGGUGGUUUAUUUAUUUAUAAUAUAAUAAAACGAUACAAGUUUACAAUAAAAAGUUAAAAUAAUUGUU